AUGCCAUUGGGGCUGCAACGAUUUUGCAGCGCAUCAGAUGAAAGUAAAUCUCUAGUGAAGAUCCUAUCUGGAGUAAACAUUAAUGUUGCGCAUUCCGUACAGAGAAAUAGAAACGAAUAUUAUCUGCAGCAUAUUACAUUUGUCGGCGAUCUGUCUUGCACCGGAAUUGAAACUCAUUUGGUGCAGGCCAGUGAGGAAGGAUACUUUCAGGCACCAUAUCGCUGGCUUUUGCUGAAUGGUGACCAAGACAGUGUACUGCAAUUGGAUGCCCUGGUGGAUAGUGACGUGGUAAUUGCGAGGAAGGCUGGCGAAAUGGACUAUUUGUUUGUUGAAGCUUACAAAAUAUCCCCGAAAUCCGAAGCUAUAUACUACAACAGAGCAAUGUGGCGUCCAAGAACCAAUUCAAACAAUUAUAUAGCGAACAUAUCGAAAACUGAGAAUGGUAAUUUAAUCGCGAAUGAAAAUAAAGAACAAGAUACGGUUAAAGGUGUUAUUAAAGCAAACAAUCUAAUAAUAAGCAAAUAUGGAACAGUAGAAGAUUAUAGAGACAGUAAAGUACUGUCUUCUAGACGAUUGGAUUUGAGAGGUCACACACUAACUAUGGCCAACGUUAUAACCGAUACUAAUGAAACUAGGAAGCAUUUGGAUGAUAGGCUGAAUCUCCACCAGGACUCUGUGACGAAGAUCUCGUAUAUGGCGGUGAAGAUUUGCUUCGAAAUACUGAACAGCACAGCGAAGGCCAUAUUCACCAACUCGUGGGGAUACAAAGGCAAAGAUGGCAAUUGGACAGGGGUUGCUAAUCUUUUGAUGACGAAGGAGGCUGAUCUCGGAACCAUAUCGUUAUUUACAAAGGAACGUACGGAAAUAUAUGAUUACAUAGCCAUGGUUGGCACUACGGCCAUUCGCUUUGUAUUCAGAGAACCACCUCUAACAUACCAGAGUAAUAUAUUUACAUUACCAUUCACUGGAGCGGUGUGGUUAGCGGUUUUCAUUUGCACGCUUGCCUGUGCUGUGUUUUUGUACAUCACUUCGAAAUGGGAAGCUUCUGUGAGCAUGAACCCGCAGCAAUUGGACGGAUCUUGGGCAGACGUCCUAAUUCUCAUAAUUGGCGCUGUGCUGCAACAGGGCUGUACCUUGGAGCCUCGAUUCGCAGCGGGACGUUGUGUGACUCUUCUGCUCUUCGUGGCAUUGACGAUUCUAUUCGCGGCUUACUCGGCUAACAUUGUGGUCCUCCUCCGAGCGCCAAGUUCCUCAGUAAGGAGCUUACAGGACCUUCUGGACUCACCUCUCAAGUUUGGAGCCAGUGACUUUGAGUAUAAUCGAUACUAUUUUAAGAAACUGAAUGAUCCGAUCAGAAAGGCAAUCUACGACAAGAAGAUCGCACCUAAAGGACAGAAACCGAAUUUCUUAAGCAUGAAGGAGGGGGUUGAACUCAUAAGACGGGGCCUAUUCGCGUUUCAUAUGGAAACAAAUCCUGGCUACAGGCUGAUCCAAGAGACGUACCAGGAGGACGAGAAGUGUGACCUGGUCGAAAUCGACUACAUCAAUUUAAUUGAUCCAUGGUUACCAGGACAGAAACGAUCUCCGUUUAAAAAUUUGUUUAAAAUCAACUUCGUAAAAAUCCGCGAAACAGGUCUUCAGGCUGCCAUUAAAGGCCGUAUGCUCGUAUCGCGUCCUCGGUGCUUGGGCUCUGUAUCCAAGUUCAGCUCGGUUGGCAUCAUCGACAUGUAUCCUGCAAUGUUGGCCACCUUAUACGGCAUGGUGAUGGCUCCGGCUGUCCUGAUCCUGGAGAUACUUUAUAAGCGACUGUAAGUUAUUAAACCACGCUACUUUUGUGUGAUUGUCUGUAUUAUCAGUAAAUGA